AUGUGUUUUAUUAACGAGAACAUUUAUUUAGUAAAACUCCAAAAUAUUACAACAUUUUAUUAUUCUUUCUUAUUAUGCCAUCACUCAAAGGACUAUGCUAUCCAUCUAAAUUUCUUAAAUUUCGACGUAGAAUAUGCUAUCAAAUAUCCUAAUUUAAUAAUUGUGAUGCUUGGCAUGUUAUCUAAUAUUCUACAUUUUCUAAUUCUACGUGGUAACAUUUUGAAACAUAAUCCAACUUUCAUAAUGAUCAAAGUGGUAUGCAUUGGCGAUUUUUCACAACUUUUCUUAUCAUUUAUCAGUGAAAUGAAUGCUAUUAUAACUUACCUGGAUCACAAGAACUGUAUUGGUUAUACUAGUAUCUUUGACUUAGUUUUCAAAUUAGCCACAGUGUUGCUCAAUGAAACGUGGCUUAUGAUUGCAGCCUGGACCACAUUAUUUUUAGGAUUAUCACAAAUUCAAGCAAUAAGGAAGUCUAAAGAAUGGACUCUUCGUCGAGUUAAUCAAAUUUGCAAUACAAUAAUUUCAACGUCGUUUAUCUUUGUGACACUAAACUACACAAUGAUGAUUAUUCUAUUCUUUCAACUACCUUCUCAAAUUUGUAACAUGGAUAAUUUGGCACAGCGGUAUCUAGCAAACAAUUCAAAUUGGAUUAAAUAUACAUUGUAUGCAUUUCAAAGUUUUGAUGCAAUUUUUAACAUUUUGAAACUUAUUUCAUACAUUAUCAUUCCAUUCUUUCUCUGGAAAUUAUUAAAUGGGAAAAAGGUCGAUAAGAAAAAAAACAUAUCCACCAAGUAUAUUGUAUACCUACUAUUUUCAUUUUCUGUGGGUGAGAUUUUGUAUUUUUUGGCAAGGUUUUUAAUGCUCCGAAAUGAUCCCGACAAUCCGAAUAUUGCCACACAAAAAAGCACUAUUCUCCCAUUGGAAUUGGGUAGAAUGAUCAGAUCAACCAGUGCCUGUCUCCGUCCUUUCAUAUGUCUGUGGAAGUCACCAGAAUAUCAGAGAGCUGUCAAGUUGAACUUUGCACUAUCAACAAGGAAUCAACAAUCAACAGUCCUUGCAACACAAAACUACUCAAACUCAAGAUCUUCGUCUAAUACUACAUAG